GUAGUUGAUUAUAAUUAUUGUUUUUGGAAUCACUCGAUAUCUUUAACAUUUUCUCAACCAAAAACAAUACAUCUAUGAUGUAAAUAAUCAAUUACUUAGUUUUUGAUUUAUCAUGAAAGCUUUACUUACAAAAACUGAACAUUGAAAAUAAAAACUGCGGAAACGUAAUGUCUUUCUCAACUUUGGAUGUCAUACAAACAACCAAUGUAACUGUACAUGAUGGUGAGAAAAAUAAACAUGAGGGAAAAUCGAUCAUUAUUAAAUAUCCCGGUUAUCGUAUAUUAAUUAUGGAUACUGGAUUAUCAGAACGACACAGUCAACAAGAUAUUUUAUCGAUAAUUGAUGUCAUUAUUGUAUUACAAUGGAAUACAGCAAUUCAAUUAUCAUUGAAUAACUUAUUCAAUGAAACGGACAACAAACAAUUUAUAUUUAAAAAGUCUACAUGUUUAAUUCUACCCAUGAUAGAUCAAUAUAAACAUGGGAAAUGCAACUCAAUUCAAAAUAAAUCACCAAAAUCUACAUUCAUCAAAAAUAUUGAUUGGAAACAAAUGAAUUGGUUACAUAAUGCAUUGAAAUUAGGCUUGACUAUUUUACAAGUGUGUAAUGGAAAUAAAUUCUGGACACGAAUUCAAUGUGUACAAUCAAUGAAUUCAAGUGUCAAUGAAAAACUACACCUUACUCUAUACAAUAAUAAUAAUGGUAAUCAUAAUAAUAAUAAUAAUAAUAAAACUAACCAAUCAAUACAGAAAACAAAUUCAAAUAAUGAAUUUCUAAAUAAAAGUUUAUUAUUAUAUGAAAAAUUUGGAUUAGGCAAAUUGAAAAUGUUCCCAAUUACGACUGGAUGUAUAACUAACUCUGGUUUAUCUUACAGUGUAUUGUUUAUAUGGAUCCCUUAUGAAAUAGAACAUUCCAAUCAUAAGAACAAUACUAAGGUAUUCUUCUAUUCAGCAACAUUGGAUGCAAAAGGACGAGAUGAUUCCAUUGAUGCGGAACAAUCAGUUAAUCAUCAAAGAGAAACUGAGCAAACAUUAACCAGUGAAUCGAUUACAAUUACAAAAUCACUUUUACAACAACUGACACGAAUUGUUGGAAUGAAUUGUUCAAUCAAUAAGAAGGCCAACAAUAAACGUGAUGUUACCCAUUCUCAAUCAAAAAUAACACGGUCGAAAACUUUCACCUCCGGCUUAACUACAUCAAAACGUACAGUUUGUGCAAAUGGAGUACGCCCAGCAACUAAUCCAAUUUUAAGGAAAAGUUGUGAACAGAAAUAUGAAAAUGAUAUGGUUAAAUCACUUGAAGAUAAUCCGAAACAAAAAACUGGAAUUAAACAAGUCACAUUCAGUGAAAUGGUUAAGUUUGAUUCAAUUGAAGAUCUUGGUGAAAAAGUCACAUUGAACACUCCCUUAACUGUCAGCCAUUCAGAGGCAGUACAAACACUAACACCGUCAAUAGUAAAGAAAAUAUCAACAGAAACACCACCAACUCCACAAACAACAACAACCACACUUACUACUAACACUGAUAUUACUACGAAUAUUCCUGAUAAUACUGUUACUGUAUCAAAUGGACAAAACAAUGACGAAUUAUUUCUUGAAGUAAAUAAAGAAUAUUCUUCUGAAGAACAGACUGAGACUCUACUAACUAAAUCAACUUCAUGUCCUAGUCAUUUGAUACAACAUACAUUAACAAAUCAUUCAAGACCAACAUCAUUAUUUGAAAAAGGUUCCGAUUAUCACUGUUAUUAUAAUGAUCAAAAAUAUGAACAAUUUCCGCUUUCAGCUACUGUAUUAUUAGCUAUACCUGAAGGUGGCGAAAAUGACUACUAUGCUGAUUCACCACAAUGCUUAACAGUUAAAGAACUGAAAGAAUUAGGUUUAUAUGCUAGUGAAGAUGAUGAUGAUGAUGAUGAUGAUGACGAGAACGAAGAUGAAGAGGAUGAGGGUAACAGAAAUAACCAUACGAACGAUGAUGAAACAGAAGGAAAUAUGCCUGAAUUAGACAAUACAUUGUCAGAUGACAGAAAUAACAGUUCUAGUUUCAUCAAUGAAACUGUAUCCAACUUUACUGAAAUACAUAUUCCAAACAACAUUACUCUUACACAUCAUGAAGAAGUGAUGAUUUCAUAAUCACACAUAUCUCUUAGAGUUAUGAUUCACUUUGUAGAAAUAUCUUUUCUCAUCAUAUUACCACAUAUUAAACAAUUUUUUUUUCUCUCAGC